GCAAAAUCAUUAAAAAGCAAGACCAAGUUAUUAUUAAGUUAUAUUGGAAAAUUUGUUUCACUUUACGAGCAUUUACGAGUAAAAAUCAUUAAAUUCCAUGGUUCCAUUGUAUAAUUAUUGUCUGUUAAAAAAGGUAAAGACAAUUUUUUCAUUAUUUUUUGCAUCGGGGGUGUAACUCAGUGGUAGAGUGUCUGCUUCGCAUGCUGAAAGUCCUGGGUUCAAAUCCCAGCUCCUCCAAAAUUGCUAUUUUUUAGAAUUUUUUUUUAUAUACCCCGUUUUAACAUACAUUAUGACCUCGUUUAGUGCUUAGGAUGCUUUUCUAAAUUAAUAGCUCUAUACGAAGUCACAUUAACAUAUAUAACUUCUCUUAGAAUUCAACUAAUCCGCAUUAUAUCGAAUCAGAUUUAAUUAAAUUACAAAUAAAAAUGUUGGCUCGAUUACCAAAUAGAUUGAGAAACGCUGGUAUAGAGUCUAUUCAUUAUACAGUAAAACGUAGAUUGGAUGUAAAAGCGAUGUUUGUAUUAUACGUGUUUUUGAAUUAUCCGUGCUGUAACGUUCCCUAAUUACUACGGAUAAUCGGUGAUUCACUGUAUUUUGAAAAGUCAUUGAUCGAAAAUGGCCCUCCUCGACAACAGCUUCGGACGCCUAUGGAGUUUUUAAAUUCCUGACUAUUAUACUUCCAGGCUUUCAUGUGAUGAUCAUAUUGUUGCAUAAGUAACGUAUAUGUUAACCGAAAAUUCAAAAACGUAACCAACAAAAUAAGAUUGAUGAAACUCAAAGAAAAUAGCUCAAAUAUCACAAGAAUGUCUUCAACGGAUAACAAAAUACUUACGAAUGUUAGCGAACGUCUGGGCCUUCAAGAUGAGAUUCCCAUAAUUAAGAAGGCUGAGGAAUUUCUACGUAUGUAUCAAAAUAAAGGAGGUAUCCAAAAUCUGAAUGAUUCUGCAAAGGCUGUUUUUUGCUUGGAUCUAGCUGCAUCAUUACUUGGAAUUGGCUUUGAUAAGGAAACAGCAAUUAAAUUAUCCGGUUUAAAGAAGACAGCCUACCAAAAUAAGCUGCACAUGGUAGAGAAGGUGCUUGAAUUGGAUAAACCUCUUACCAUUGGAGAAGUCUGUGUGCAGUUCAGUUGCACUGUUGUCAAGGAAUUGGCAGAAAAGAUUUAUGAAAAGUACAAGAAUCAGGGAAUCCAAAGUGACUUGGAUCAUCCCCAGUAUGUAGCUGUUUCAGUAUUCACAGCGUGCAAAUUGAAAAGUUUUAAAAUUCAAAAAUCCCAGCUUGUCUCGAUAAGCAGAUUGAAGCUAUCGCAAUGGAAGGAGCUGGAAUCGGAGUUUGCGAAGUUCGUAGAGAAAGUAGGGUUCACAGCAAAUAUCGGCGGAAAGAAGAGGAAGGGCGCCAAUGAGUUUCACACUUAUUUGGAGGAAUUUGCUAAAAAUGAUGAGAAUAAGGUUUCAAAAUCUCCAAAGAAAUGUGAGAAAAUUGAGGAGUAUAGCGUUUGGAAGGAGCGAAUCUUGGAGCAGGCGAGGGCUGCACUUGAAACGUAAUUUGCUUAAAAUCUGAGGUUGUUCAUUUUAAGUUCUUUUAGUAAAUGAUCAAAUCAUGGUAUUAUUAUUAUUAAAAGAAAACAAUUACGAAGCUGAUGUUGCCAAUGGUGAUGAAAUAAAAUUAAUAUUGUGUUUUAUUUUACUUUAUUUAGUUAAUAGA